ACACGGCAACACCAAAAGCAAACAUCAACACGGCGGAGUUCAAAUUUACUGCAUUUCUUCAAAGUUCAAUUUCUUGCCUGCAUAUACAACUGGCUUCGCUGCCACCAUGCACACAUCUUAGCAAGCUGUAAAAGUGUAGGGAUUGGACAAAACAUGGUUGGUAAACACUGUAGAGAAGGAGUGUUAUGUUGCUAAUCCAACAAACCAAUGCUUAAAUUUCUUGCAGACAUGUUCCUAAUGGCAUUAGCACUGGAGCAGGUCAAUUUUGGUGAUUUGUCUCCUCUUUGGGAUUCGACGUUGCUUAUCUUUUCAUUCACCCUGUUGGCAAUCAUUACUUGAUAGAGAUGGAGGACAGUUUAAUGAGAAAUUGGCACAAAUUGAAGCUUACCGGAGACGAGGAAGGCAUGCCAGAUAUUGAUGAGAUCCCAAGUGAAGAAAUGGAUGUUCAGGACUGUUUGGUGGGUAAAUUGCUGACAACAAACCCGUUCAAUGCCAAAGCCAUGAAGAAUGUUUUAAGGGCGGCUUGGAAACCACAGAAAGACCUCCUCAUUAGAGAAGUAAUAAAAAAUCUGUUGGUAUUCCAGUUAUUCUCUCUAGAGGAUAAGCUGAGUGUUUUGAGGACGGGACCAUUGGUGUUUGACGGCUAUUUGCUUCUGAUUAGGGAGUUGGGUGGUAAUGAACAACCAGAGGGAAUAUGGUUUUCUUUUGUUGAUUUUUGGGUGAGGGUCUAUGACAUUCCAUUCAGAAAGAGGAACAAAGCUGGGGUGGAGACAGUCUAUAGUAAGGUGGUGAGGGUACUUGAAAUGGAUGAGACAGAUAUUUGAGGCCAGGGCUGGAAGAACAAAAAGGACAUCAGUCUGGAGACCAAUGCUGGGAGUCUGGUGAUGUCGAGCAACAUAGACGAAUCCAAAUUCAACGCCCAGGCGUGUUUUUAAGGAAAUUAUAUAUUAAUAAUCUAUAUGUUAAGACAAAUCAAACAAGAUCACACAUGACUAUAUUUAGGCUUACACAUUGAGAGAAUUUGAUGAGUCAAAGUGCUUAGAUGAACAGUUCCAAAAGUCAAAAGUGGACAAAGAGAGUGGGACGGAGGUAGUAUAUGAUUUUGUAUUUAAUUGAUAACUUUUAAUUAAGGUUUUGCUUUUGCAGCUUGCUGACUUGAUUUUGGAGUAGACCUUGGAAACCUUGUUCAAAUUUGGCAAAGUCAUUGGUACAUUUUGCCUUUGAUGGGGACUAUGGCUACGGUUGACUUUAAUAUUAUGGAUUACACAUUUGUUAUCCAUAGAGGACCUGGUUUAAUUAUAUAUACUCUCAAGCAAGCAAUUUCAUGCAUAUUCAAUCGUUUCGUAUGGCCAUAGACUCAGUGUUGCUGCUAUUUCACUGCUGGCGCCUUCAUAUGCAAAGUUUGAUGAAAUUCACCAUGCUGUUUUGCUUCUCAGUUCUUUACAAGAACCUUGUACACAUCACUAGAACAGGGUGUUGAAGUCCU